CGUGGAUAUAUGAAGCUUUCUUCGCUGCGCGUUCAGUGUUAUGUCAGGGUGUAUGCUGUUGGCAUUCCGCGACGGCGAGUUACGCAAAACUUGCAGUCGAUUUUAUAUUCUUAAUCUUUGAUGGGUCCAAUGUUCGACUCAGCUCCGGCAGAGUAUAAGGGGUCUGCUUCAUUCCGGGAUCCUCGUAUCAUAAUCGAUGAGCUGGUGAGUGGUAACAUGUGGUUGGUGACUGAGGCUUAGCGGAUCGCAUGCGCCAUUUAUUGUGGCACUUCUGCCACCGUGGCUAGAUUAUGAGGCGCACCACGAUAGCCGCGAACACCAGAUUUCGCAUGCCGCGUGAUGUCAGUAGGGAACACGAGGGGCUUGCACAUGUUGCACCGCUGUACCAUUACACUACCGUACCGUUGCAUCGCUGCACACAUAUGUAGAAUUGUUGUAGUAGGCGCAGCCGGCAAUGAAGUUGAAGGUCUUCCUAAAUGUCCGGGCAGCCGGUACAAGGGCACAAUGUGCGUGUAUUCACGGGUUCCAGGGUGGACUGGCAGGUGUCGCACAGUCGUGACUCGCGACCUUGAACACCUCAUCGGGCCGGAGGCGGAACGCCGCCGAGGAUUAGCCAUGAACUGCGCUUGCACGACUGUUUGGUGUUUUGCGUCUGGCAGUCAGACGACUGGAUGGCGAAGAAGAGGACGAGACGCUUGGCGUUGUUUUUGUGUAUCGCGGAUGGGAAAGAGCCACCCGAGGUUGGGGAAAGAGCCACCGGCACGCCGGUCUAAAUUUGAGCCGGACGAGAAGGCGGGACAGGAGCAUCGAUGAGACGUUUGGCUAGUCGUGAAUAGUAAGCAACUAGAC